CUCAUCCCUGCAGCAUACACCACAGCAGCCUGUAGCACAGUUCACAGCACCACGCCGCUGCCAUGAGAGUGUCUGUUGCCCUGAUGUUGGUGGGAGUCGUGCUGAUGGCCAGCCUGCUCACAGUCGGCGAAGCCAAAAAAAAUAAAAAGAAGAAUAACCUCCAACAGCGUGACGAUGACAGUGAUGAUACGGCGAGUAGUGAUAGCAGUAUUAGUGUCUCUUCAGAUGAUGAUUCUUCUUCAAGAUCGAAAAGGAGCGUGGAGUCUUCCGGUGAGGACCCCAGUGACAGUAGCAACUCCUCCGAAAAAUACAUUAGUGAGGAGGAGCCUGACCAAUGAUACCAACGAACCCAAACUCGGAAGUCCCUCGCUGCGAUUGUGAUUCGGAUUAUGAAGACACAUCUCACCCUCUCCUUAACGCUCACUCCUUCAAGAUGAUGACCUAUAUAUAAUUAUCCCGAUAUAUUUAGCUUCUUAAGGAUUGGAAGUUCAUCAUGUAGUAGAAGUAAAAAAUUCUUGUAUUAGAAGGCUUUUGUUGUUCAGAAAUUUGCACUACUCUAAAUUCAGCAAAAUUUUCAUCUA